UCUCUAUAUAUAUGUCUCAAGAUUUUGAAUUUGGUUCAAGAUUUAGUGCAGAAUCAUGCCACUUUUGCAGAAAUAGAAACGAUUGUCUUAGUUUUUUCUUUAGAUUAUAUUUGUCAGCUUAUAACUUGUUCGAUUCAAUUAUCAGUGUUAAACAAUGCAACAUGACGGGUGCAAGGUUGUCGUCUGGUUCAUCAAUUUUCUAAAUUAAAACAAAAAUUAGGUUCAUGGGCAAUUGAAAAGCAAUUUCCAACUUGGUAUUAUUUUAAAGAUUGAUUCUUUCAAGAAGAGAGUUAAUGGAAGAGGUUUGGAAUUAUUAUGAUAUUCUGUCUUCAUCAUUUUCACGAAAUAUUGGCCUUUCUCCACUGCAGUUUUUCCCAACAUUGUUCAAUUCAAGAACUAGUGAAUUUACAUAAAAAUGAGAAAAAUAAUUGGGGCUGCAAGGCAAUUAAGGGCAGCUCUUUGGAAAGGAAACUUUCUUGGCGAUGGAUUAGCAAAAAGACGCGAUUUCUGGUUCAGUACGAGUAGCUUCUCUGUAUACAACUUAGCAAGAAAUCCAAGAGUUUGUGAAUGUAAACAUCCAUCAUAUUCAUACGUGGUAUCUCGAGCUAUUUCUGCUGGCGUAGCUGAUGUUGCUACUGGAGUGGUAGAACUAAACAGAGAUGGACCUCUCAUGGAAUAUGGUCGAAGAAUCGCUGCUGGUGAACUUUUGGAUGGAGAUGCUUCACAACUGGAUACCUUAGGGGAGCUUCAACGGCUACAUGAUGAUCUCGUUGCAAAUGCAGGAGCUUGCCGGUUAGAUGGAUACAGCACAUCUCAAGGAGCUGCAAGAAGUCGGUGGUACUUUCCUCGUUUCAUCCCCCAAACUUCUUCCUACACACCUGUGAGAGGACUUUAUCUCUAUGGAGGAGUGGGCACUGGAAAGACUAUGCUAAUGGACUUGUUUUAUGAUCAGCUGCCACGCAACUGGAGAAAGAGGAGGAUCCAUUUCCAUGACUUCAUGCUAAAUGUUCACAGCCUUUUGCAGAUGCAUAAAGGUGUUGCAGAUCCUCUAGAAAUCGUUGCUGGGGAGCUCUCAAAGGAAUCUGUCCUGUUAUGCCUCGAUGAGUUCAUGGUGACUGAUGUAGCCGAUGCACUCAUCCUAAAUCGUCUGUUCAGACAUUUGUUCAGCAACGGCGUUAUUCUGGUUGCUACUUCGAAUCGAGCUCCGGAUAAACUCUAUGAAGGAGGGCUGCAGAGGGACCUGUUUCUUCCAUUCAUUGCCACUCUCAAGGAAAGAUGUGUAGUUCAUCAGAUUGGUUCAUAUCUGGACUACCGCAAAAUGACAUCGGCAGAGCAAGGUUUCUACUUUGUUGGAAAACAUUUGUCCGAUGUUCUUGUACAGAAAUUCGGACAGUUGAUCGGGGAAAUGGUGGCUAUUCCGGAAGAGGUUGAAGUGGUCAUGGGCAGAAAACUGCAGGUUCCGUUGGGUGCCAAUGGCUGUGCCUACUUCCCUUUUGACCAGCUCUGUGAUAGGCCACUCGGAGCUGCAGACUAUUUUGGGUUAUUCAAGAAAUUUCAUACAUUGGCUGUGGAAGGCGUUCCGAUUUUUGGGCUGGCCAAUAGGACUGCAGCAUACCGCUUUGUGACUUUAGUUGAUGUGAUGUAUGAGAAUCGAGCUAGAUUAGUGUGCAGUGCAGAAGGUACUCCAACGGAACUAUUUGAGAAUGUAGUGACAAUAUCUGAUGCUACGAGCUUCUCGACAUCAAUGAGACGCGGCGUUUCUGAGAUGUGCGUGGACAACGAGUUAGGCUUCGCUAAAGAUCGCACCAUUAGUAGGUUGACCGAGAUGAACAGCAGAGAGUAUUUGGAGCAGCACGCCCAACUGCAUCAAUAUAGCAAUUAGGUAUUUCUGUUAGAGAAGGAAUCUUCUAGUCCACAUUUGGUAUGCAAUGAUGCAAUAAUAUUUAAAGAAGCUGAAGCCUACUUUUGGCAUCAAAUCAUAGGCGAAAGAAGAUUUAUAUUUGUAAAUGAUAUUUCUUUAGAUUGGUUUGCAAUAACACUGGUCUUUCUGUGAA